CUACGGUUAACAGAGUACUGGCUGGUAUCAACCAGAUACAAAACAACGCGUACAUACGAGCAUCUGUCACCUCAAAAAUGGAGGUAUUGUAGAAGAACUAAGAGCGCGUGUGCGUACUAGUUGGAACUUGCAACGAGAAAACUAAUGCAACCAGUGUUAUACGGUCUUGUGUCGAGUGCUAAUCGAACACGUGGAAAAAUUUCAGAAGGAGUGUCGAACAAUCUAAUUGAUUUUGUUUAAUUUGUACGAUCAAAAAAAACAAGCCUUACAGCACCGAGAAUUAGUCAAAUAAUAUUCAAACUAAAGUUUUUACUAAAGUUAACGAGCAAUGAUAUAUCAAAGAAUAACAGCGAUCGGUGUGUCUUUGAUCCUAACUUUUUUCAUGCUCUUUCUGAUUAUGUAUUAUUUUAAUGAAAAUAAUUGUCCAAUCGGUACGUUUCCCUGUUUGAACACUACAAUUUGUAAAUUACAAAAUAGUUGGUGUAACGGAGUAGAUGAUUGUCCUUAUGGGGAUGACGAAACAGCUGAGUUAUGUGUCGAUUUAAACGGAGAUUGGAGUUGGUUUUUGAAGCAGGAUAAACUUACAGAGCUGCAAAAUGACGAUUGUGUGAUCGAAGAUAUUCCCGAAGGAUGCAUUUACAAUCAAUGUCGUGCAACUUGCAAAGGAUACGAAGAAAUACCACGAAAUUUGUCAUCAGAAAUCGACAGAUUACUUUUAACUAACAAUUCAAUUAAAAGAAUUCCAGCCGAUUCACUAGCGAAAUAUACCCAAUUACGUUUACUGUAUCUCGAUUAUAAUGACAUAAACGAGAUAGAGGAAGAAGCUUUUGUAAAUCAAAAAAAAUUAAUUUGGCUUAUCCUAUCGAACAAUAAAUUAAGCGUUAUCAAAUUCGGAGAUUUAGUUGGUCUAAUUAAUUUGGAAACUCUCAGGGUCAAGGAUAAUCAAUUAGUGUCUGUCGAUUUGUCCGAUUUCGAAAAUAGUACGAGUAUAGAUUUGAUAGAUUUUCGUAAAAAUUUCUUAAACAGCACCAACUUCAAGCUUCCACGAUUGCCUGUUUUAAGAGAAAUAAUGUUAAGUGAGAAUUAUUUCGAGACCAUAACAGCGGAUAUGUUCGACGGUGUACCUGCUUUACAAUCGUUGAACAUGGAACAUAAUCAUAUUAAGAUCAUCGAUGAGAAUGCAUUUAAGAAUUUAAAACAACUUGUCGAGGUUAAACUGGCGCAUAAUUAUAUCAUUUCUCUUCAUUCGAACGUGUUUAAAACCACGAUAAAUCUCACGAAACUAUUGAUCGGUUAUAACCCGAUCGAAGAUUUCUCGACUGAUGUAUUAGAUCCUUUGGCUAAUCUGCGAUCUCUCGGUGUCGAAGGAAUCAAAAUGGAUAAUCUAGAUAAAGAUUCGUUCAAUGUGUUCACCAGCUUGGAUUUUAUAUAUUUUGAAAAAUUUCAUUACUGUAUGACGUUCGCUUCGAAAGUGCAAAAAUGUGCACCAACCACUGACGGUCUUUCUUCUUUGACGCAUUUGCUAAGUACAUCUAUGUUGAAGGGUGCAGUAUGGGGAAUUUCCUGUGUAACUUUUAUAGGCAAUGCUUUUGUACUUUGGGAACGAUUCACUGCAAAGGAUGAGAAUCGUGUUCUGAGUAUCCUGAUUAAAAAUCUUGCCGUGUCCGACAUGCUGAUGGGCGUAUACUUGUUCAUAAUCGCUUUGGUAGACUUGCAGUUCCGUGAUAACUACAAUAAGGAAGCUAACUCAUGGAUGUCAUCUUGGGCCUGCACCUUUCUUGGUGUUUUAGCAAUGAUCUCGUCAGAAGUAUCCGUGCUGAUCCUAUCAUUUAUGUCUUGUGAACGAUUCGUACUGAUUGCCGCACCGUUGAAAGGUCAUCACGCUAUGAAACCACAGACAGCUACGGCAUCGAUAAUGAUCAUAUGGAUCAUCGGUUUUAUCCUCGCUGUUAUUCCAGUUAUUCAUUGGAGGAACAGUACAAGAUUUUAUGGGGCGAAUGGAAUGUGUUUUCCUUUGCACAUAGAAGAUCCUUAUUCGAUCGGAUGGCAAUAUUCCGCAUUCAUAUUUUUAGGAGUUAACUUGUUAGGACUGAUAACGAUCGGCUACGUUUACGUUGGCAUGUUUGCAAGCAUUUGGAGAACUCGUCACGCAACCCCAUUAUCAGCUGGCGAUAUGGAAUUUGCUUUAAGAUUCUUCUUGAUCGUCUUAACGGAUGCAACUUGUUGGGCACCGAUUAUCAUUUUGAAAAUCUUAGCUAUGAUGAAAUAUCCUGUACCAGCGGAACUUCAUGCCUGGGUCGUCGUAUUCGUACUUCCUGUUAACAGUGCAGUUAAUCCACUUUUAUAUACAUUCACCACACCGAAAUUUCGAGAAAGAUUAAUUUGCUUUAAAUUUUUAAGCAAAAUACGAAAUUACGUAUCGAGAAAACAUUCGUCCCAAGAGUCUCAAAUGUCUAUUACAUUAAGUAGUAGGAAUUUAAUGUUUUCGAUAUCAUCGAAUAAGAAAAAUGAUUCUGAGAAGAUACCACAAUUGGUGAUAGUAGAAGAUGAUUGGAACGAUGAUAUUAUGCGGCGUAUCGUGAAAUAAUAUCGUUCUAUUUAAUAUUUUUAUCGUAGAUCAUCAAUUAUUAAACGUCUACCAUGAUCCCCAUCUAACGAGAUUUCGGCAGAGAGAUUAUAAUCAAAUUUGAGAUUGUGCCAUGUAUUAGAAAAUAUCGUAAAACGAAGCUUCGUACAAUUAAACUCUAUUACAAUAUAUAUAUAUAUAUAUAAAUAUUAUAUGUAUACGUAUGUGUGUAAGUAAGUACGAUCGUAGAAACAUUUAAUGAAAAAUUCGAACUUGUUUCAAGCAGAACCGCGAGGAUAUCCGCCUACGUUGAGAUCAUGCUUUAUGUCGUUCAUAAAAUAUUCUAAACGAGGGAUCGCAAAUGCAUUUGCUAAAUUUAUGGCACCGUCUCAGAUCUAUCGGGGAAUCGUGUUCGACCUGGCAACUCCGUUAGAAGCAAAAUAUACUUUACAAAUAUUGCAGCCA